AUGGCGGACUCUGAAGAAGGUGUUUCGAGGACCGGGGGACCCUCUACAGCCCCAAUUUCGUUUAGCUUCAGUCGUACGGCCCGAAGACGGCUGGCCGACCGGGGAGACGACCAGGGUGCGGCUUCGGAAGAGAAGGAUUUCCUGAAGACCGUGGAAGGAAGGAAGCUGCAGAGCGUGAAGCCCACAGAAGCCCCCAAGGAACUCGUCAUCCCUUUGAUCCAGAAUGACCCUCGCAGGCAGCCACUCACCCAGGCCCCUGGCCUAUCCACAGACGUUGAGGACAUUGGGGAUGGGGUGCUGACCCAGGCUGUGAAGGAGCUCAUAGAGGAAUCCAAGAAGUCUCUGGAGGAAAGAGAGAAUGCGGGUGUCGACCCCACGCUCGCUAUCCCCAUGAUCCAGAAAGGAUGCACCCCCAACGAGGAAGGGGCAGGCAGCGAGCCCCGGGCUGAGACAGUGCCCGAGGAGGCCGAUUACGAGGCGGUCCCCGUGGAGGCCUAUGGGCUGGCCAUGUUGCGGGGCAUGGGCUGGAAACCUGGCCUGGGCCUCGGUCGCACCUUCAGCCAAGUGGUGAAGCCCCCUGUCGCCUCACUGAGACCUAAAGGGUUAGGGCUGGGCGCCAACCUGGCUGAGGUCCAGGCCCUGGCCCCCUCCGGCCCCCACCGCCCGCCGAGGCCAGGUGAGCAAGAGAAGGAUAAGGAAGACCAGCCUCAAGGACUGGUAGCUGGAGGUGCUGUGGUGGUUCUUUCUGGCCCUUUUCGAGGCCUCUAUGGGAAGGUGGAAGGCCUGGAUCCUGACAAUGCCCGGGUCAUGGUUCGCUUGGCCACGGGGAGCCGCAUGGUGACUGUCAGUGAGUACUGCCUACGGCCUGUCUCCCAGCAAGAAUUUAGCAAGAACUCCAAGAACUCCUUGGAUCCCAACCACGCGAGCAAAACUUCCUCAGGGCCGCAGAACGGAACGGCCUCGCUGGGGAAGGGUUCACAACUUCCCGGCCGGCAGAGCGCGGAAGAGAAGCGGAAGCACCUUCCAGACCGACAAGAUGAGCCUCCAGCCAAGAGGGAGAAAGCAGCCUCCAGGAGGCAGCACUGGUUGCACAGGGACUUGCGCGUGCGCUUUGUGGACAAGCUGCACAAGCGCGGCCAGUAUUACAACACCAAGAUGAUCAUCGAAGAUGUCCUCAGCCCGGACACUUGUGUGUGUCGGACAGAUGAAGGCCAGGUCCUGGAUGGCAUCAGGGAAGACAUGCUCGAGACCCUCAUCCCCAAGGUCCAGGGCAAACGGGUGAUGGUGGUGCUGGGGCCACAGGCUGGAAGGGUGGGCCGCCUGCUGAGCUGGGACCGAGAGCAGAGCCAGGCUGUGGUGCAGCUGCGGAGAGAGAAUCGGGUGGUGGAGCUUCACUACGAUGCUGUGUGCGAGUACAUAGGCCCCGAUGACUCCGAUGAGGACUGA